AUGGAUUGGCAACUAACAUGUCGAGUAUGUCUGGAAACAGGAGAUAUGGUUUCCUUGUUCGACUGGGACGAGAACAAUGAUCAACUCAGUGAUAAAUACACAGCUUGUUGCGGCGUCGAGGUCACGAAAAAUGAUACAUUGCCGACGCUAAUAUGUCUGAACUGUGUAGAUCGUCUAACAUUUGCUUAUCAGUUCAAACAACAAUGUUUAUCUUCCAAUGAAACUUUAAAAGAAUGUUUAGAAGAGUUCCUGAAGACUUCGACGCUAUCAGGCACCAGUGAGAAAGGUGAAAACAAAAAAUCAGAGACAGAAACCAUUACAAUAAAGCAAGAGAAUGGUCUUCUCUUACAAUAUGAAUUACCUGUGGAGCAUGACCCAUCAACACAAUGGACGAGACGGCUUAUCAGCACUGAAAAUAAUUCAGUUGUCAUCAAAGCACCUGAACCAAAGAAAAGAGGACGGCCACGUAAAUAUCCCAAUCAACAAGGAAAAAUUGAUACAUCACCAUACCAAAGGAAGAAACCGUUAGAACCAAGUAAAGAACCUGAAUCAUUGACUGCCCUAAUAGCAUCUGGUUCGUUGGAGUUAAAACAAGAACCAGAAGAGGCGGAAGACGGACUAUUUGAGCUUGAUGGCGGAGGUGAAUCUGAUCCAGAUUUUAUACCAGGUGAAGAGCAAGAUGAUGAUCUGAAGUUACAGGACUCCCCUGCACCCAAAAAGCGAGGUCGCCCACGAAAAAUUCGACCUCCAAAAGAAGAUAAGCAGAUGAAAAUCAAAGAAGAGGAUACAGAAGAUAUGCUACUCAAAGAGACCAUAAUGGCAUUCUCUGAGCCAAUACCUGAACACAUCCUCAACCCCAAGCCGAAAAAGAAAAAGCAACCACAGAAAAGGAAGAAAUAUGUAUACUCUAAGACUCAUGUUUGUGAGACUUGUGGUGCAUCCUUCACAUCCAACGCAUCACUCCAGGCUCAUAUAAGAAGACAUUUGGGCAUCAAACCAUUUGUUUGCAGUAUAUGCGGGUACGCGUGCGUAAUGAAUAUGGAGUUGCGUCGCCACAUGUUCCGACAUACUGGUGUCCGUCCUUACAAGUGUCGUGUCUGCGAACGCCGCUUUGGAGACUUUGGCAGCCGUCAGAAGCAUGAGAGGCGAGUUUCCACUGUACUAUGUAAUAUCGGUCUUACAGCAAUGGCUGCCAUUUUUAGUUGUUGCGGCUACUCAUCGGUGUGCAAGGAGGCACUUAAGCGUCACAUGGUCAAACAUUCGGGUGAGAAACCUUACAAGUGUCGGUAUUGCGAUAAGAGUUACACGGAUCACGGUACGCGACAGAAGCACCAGCGGUUGCACAUGGGCAUACGUCCGUACCAAUGCUCGUUGUGCGGAAAAUCGUUCACAUAUUCGUACGUACUCGCGAACCACAUGCUCACUCACACGGGCGAGAAGAAGUAUUCAUGUGAGAUAUGCAACAAGAAAUUCACCAAGGCCCACCACCUCAAGUACCACAACAAGGUGCAUCACAAGGAACUCUACAUCCAGCAGCAGCUGGAGCUGGAAGCCAAGAAGAUGCGACAGCAAAUCAACGUGAGCAACAUCUCGGGUGUCAUAUCGGGACAAAUCGUCGACGGGCAACUGCAGCUUACGCACUUACCUGAAGAUGGAGAGCAUGACUCUCAUAUGGAGGUAAUCGAAGAGGAGGAGAACGAAAAUCUAGAUCGAAAUGAAACAGAUCGGGCAGUUGCUGAAAUGCAAGCGGUCGUCUUAGAUGGGGACUUUGAAGGGGACGACGAUUUGAAAACUCGUAUCAUUAGCCAUGAAGAUAUCUAA